AUAAUGAAAGCCCUUCCCUCAUCACCGAGAUGAAGAGAGGCCCUUUUUGGAAACAUUCCCCUCGCUCGGUCCCGCGCAGUUGGAGAUAGCUCGACCCACGGCUCGCCUCGUUCUGGCAGUUCGCACAGACCUUCCUUUCGGUUUACUUCGCCGACAUCAGACAGGCACCCUGAACGUGACUUCCUAGACCCAAACCAAACGCAUUCUGGUUCAAUAUAACUCGUCCUGGCUUCCAAACUCUGAUUUUAUGGUUUGUGAGUCUAUGUGCUUUAAGCUGUUAUUUGAAAUGGCAUGAUUUAACUUAGCCCAUGUCUUUUAAGUGGCUGUUCUUUUGGGCGCCUCUAAUGCUUGGAGAGGAAUCGUCUGUUAAGCAGAUCCGAUCUGCUCGUUUUCGUUUACUCGUUCAUUUAUUAAUUAAAAGGGCGGCCUACAACCGAUAAAACCACAGAAUCAGCAGCAAUACAAUUAAAAACUUUUCCCGAGAUUAGCCCAGGCACAGCUCUGACGUCUCUGGGCGAAGAACCAUCAACGGCAGUACACGACAGUACAACAGUACAACAGGCAGCACACGACAAAAGCAGCGUUUCUCAACCUCACAAUGAAUGUUUAAUGCUGGGACUUGAAGUUUUAAGAUGUAGAUCUUACAAAAGUUGUCGAAGUUGGGAAACCAUGCUAGAGGGAAUGACGGACCAAGCUCCUGCACGUCCUCUUAGCACAGGAAGUUUCGCCAUUUAUUGUAAUCUAUGGAAGGAAGGAGAAAUCGUGUCACUCGCCGGAGUGGGAGUAUGCGGUUCAUCGGCCGUUGCCUUUAGUUCCUGCUUCUCUGUUGUUCCUCUUGAUCUCCCUUAUGAGCGGCGGCGAUGCGGUCGUUGGUGGGGUUCUUGCUGAUCCUGGCAGCGGCCACCUCGGGUCUUUAUUUGCUAACUGCCUGGCUGCCUGGAGGGCCGCGCGCGGGAAGCAGGUCAUUAAAAUUCCCUUCAGAUCUAGAGGAAUUACAAGAACUUGCAAAAUUUCUACAGUACUACAAUAAAGAGCACCAUGCAUACGUGAUUCUGCUUUUCUGCAGUGCUUACCUGUACAAACAAACCUUUGCCAUACCGGGCUCUGGCUUUCUGAACAUCCUUGCUGGGGCUCUCUUUGGACCAUGGAUAGGACUUCUGUUAUGUUCUAUUUUGACUUCUGUGGGUGCUACAUGUUGCUAUGGACUAUCCAAUAUUUUUGGGAAAAGCUUUGUUAUCUACUAUUUUCCUGAUAAAGUCGCCAUGCUUCAGAGGAAGGUAGAAGAAAAUAGACAUUCUUUGUUCUUCUUCUUGUUAUUUUUGAGACUGUUCCCCAUGACUCCAAACUGGUUUCUGAAUUUUGCAUCUCCAGUCUUGAACAUCCAUGUGACUCAGUUUUUCUUCUCUGUUCUCAUAGGAUUGACUCCCUAUAAUUUUAUCUGUGUCCAAACAGGCUCUGUACUUUCACAGAUAUCUUCCCUGGAUAACAUUUUAUCCUGGAGUAACUUAUUCAAGAUGUUGGCUAUAGCCAUGAUGGCAUUAAUCCCUGGGACUCUUAUUAAAAAAUUCAGUCACAAACAUCUCAAUUUAGAUAAAAGUGAACAGAAAAGUCACUUGCUGAAUGGAAGGAAAUGCAACUGAAUAGACCACCCCUAAAUAGAUAUCAUUCUAUUUAAGGGAAUUCUAUUUAAGGGAGAAUUGGAAAAAUAGCUAUUUUGAAUCAGCAAUUCUGUUGUCAUUGAACUUUGGACUUAUCGCUGUUUUAGGCAUCUUCUUUUGCUAAUGUAUAAAGAGUCUUUAAAAAUGAUCCAGUUUAUCCAGAAGUCAGAAUUUGAGGGGCCAAGUGGACCUGCAUCUGUUGAUUUGAGGAAAUUAAAUCCUAGCAUCACUCAGGAAGUAAGCCUGAAAUUGCUUGCCAAAUGAAUAGCAUUUGUUUUGCACAUGAAACAGUUACAAUUUGGGCCAAAUAUUGAUUUGUUUAAAUAAUGGCAAAGAAUUGUUUUUCCUCCCAAUGUGAGGAAUACAGUGAAGUUUUGUAUUAUUUCCUUUCACCUGUUGGAAUAUCACAAAGAAGAAAAAUGAUAUGGAGGGAGCUACCGCCAUGCAGGAAUGGCUUGCCUUUUAUCUUUCCCUUUAUUAAAAUGUUGAAUAAGUAUCUUAUUUUAUGAUUUCCUAUAUAAGGUAACAUGAAAUGUCUGUGGGGCCUAGAAGAUUUCAGGUUAAGUCUGAAGAAAUUUUCUAACAGUGUGCUCUAUAGAAAAUUACAUUUUUCACUUUGCAGAGUAAAAUCUUUAUCUUUACAUAAUUGUUAUAUUAAGCAGAAAAGAAUAUACUUUGAGUAUAAUAAUUGAAAUUGUUAUAUUACUUAUUUGUUCAAUCCAGUGUUUCAUAGUUGGGAAAAUCCUAUUUUAAUAUGGCCCUUGUUCUUAAUCCAAGUGUUAGUUAACUCCAUAUUGCCCUGAAUUUCCUAUUUGAAAAUGGCCUUGGUCUUGCUUGUCUCUGCAUCAAGUUGCAGCUUCAGAAUUCAGGAAAGAUCCUUACUUCAUUCUUUUUGUACUACAACAAAGAAAUGGAUAGAAGAUAAGACAUUAAGGAAAGUGAUAAAGUUUUGUUUGCCUGAUGUCCACAGUGAUGCAAGUUUGCCAUUUUAGAAAUCAAGCAUUUUAGAAAGAAAGCAAGCAGAAGGUUCACAAUCAGUUACUGGAUUUUCUGUGAAUAUUCCCCUAGUUUAUUUGAGGUGAUCUUUUUUAUACUUUAAACCAGAAGUGGGAAACAAUGGCCCCUUUAUGACUUGUGGAGUUCAACUCCCACAACUUUUUGACUUGUGGACUUCCAUGGCUGGCUCGGGAAUUCUGGGAUUGAAGUCCACAAGUCAUAAAGGGGAUAGCAUUCCCCACCCCUCCUCUAAACAGAUGUUAAUACUGUAUUAAAUGUAUCCCUCGUCUUAGCAAACCUCUUAGGGUGGUUUCUGUUAAAUCUUUGUACAUGUGGUGUGCCAAGAAAACAGUAAUAAAAGAUGAUCUGAAAAAUA